AUGACUGAGUCUCCCACAGCUGAGCAGCUGGAAUCUGUUCUUAACACCAGAGUGCAGAGGAGUACAGCUGAGGCACCUGGAGAAUUUAUCUUAAGCUACUGGAUGGACAUCCUCUCUCUGUUCCUUGCCCUGGUCGGGCUGGUGGGGAAUGGCAUCAUCCUGUGGCUGCUGGGCUUCCGCACCUGGAGGAGCCCCUUCUCUGUCUACAUCCUCAACCUUGCCGCAGCCGACGCCCUCUUCCUUGGCAGCUGCUUUGGGUGGUCCAUGUGGGAAAUUGUUGGAGAUUUAGACUUUCUCAUCCUGGACCUGCCAGAGCCCUGCAAACUAGGCCUGCCCUACUGGGUGGGUCUGAGCCUGCUGGCUGAGAUCAGCACCGAGCGCUGCCUCUCUGUGCUCUUCCCCCUCUGGUACAGAUGUCACCGGCCCAAGCACAUGUCUGCAGUUGUGUGUGCCAUUCUGUGGGCUCUGCAGGGCCUCUUCUGGGGAGAAUAUGUGGCUCUUUAUUUCCUUAACAAGAACCUCCUCUCUGAUUUCAACUUCUUUCUGUUCUUGGUCCAGUUCGGCUGGUUUGUCCUCCUCACCCCUGUUCUGUGCCUGUCCAGCCUGACGCUGGUGCUGAGGGUCCAGUGCAGCUCCCAGCGCAGGCGCCCACCCAGGCUCUACCUCCUGGUGCUGCUCACAGUCCUCGUGUUCCUGCUCUGUGGCCUGCCCAGGUGGUUUUCUAAUGCAGUUCUGUUUUUUAGCGGCUCCCCUUUAAUGCCUUAUAGGCUCUCCAGGCUCCUGGCCUGUGUGAACAGCGGCGCAAACCCUUUCAUUUACUUCUUCCUGGGCAGCCAAUGGUGUAGAAGAGGGAGGGAGCCGCUCAGGGUGGUCCUGCAGAGGGCCCUGGGGGAGGAGCAGGUCUGGGGGUUCGUUCAAGGAAAACUUCCCAUCCCAACACUCUGGAUGAAUUAUCCUGAGGAUGAGAACAAGAUGUUCAGACCAGGGAGCCCAUGCAAUGACCCCCCCUUCCUCCACCCCUGUGGAGGGCAGGAGCCCCCCUCUCACCUUUCUAGGAGAGGAGACAAGAUCCCUCCCCAUCCCUUAUGGUGGUUCUUGGGGUUUGAACUAUAA